ACCUGGGCUGGGUGACAACAAAGUUGACAGAUGAGCGUUUACCUUUCCUAAAAUGGCGACGCUCUUUUAUUUCCUAUCGUUGUCAGCGACAGUUUCAACUGUUUACGGGCAAGCGGUAAACCAGGGAAACACUGCAUUUGACGCACUGGAUGGUUUAGGGUGUUCCCAGUUCAAAGCAAUCAUCCAAGAAGCCUAUCUGGAACAAACAUUUCAAAGUGCUCAAGCUUUGACUCUAUUUGUUUUCAAUGACACAGCCUACUCUCUACUGCCUCCAUCCAGACUUCUAAGUUUGUAUGACAAGCAAUCAGCUAAUAACUUGGGGGCGAAAGAGUAUGUCUACUCUUUUACAUUGCCAUUGGCCAUGGAGACAUCAGCAUUCAGUGAUGCAGCUCCAAUGAGAACAUACUCUGUUAGAAACAGGAAAGCAUUUCUAAACAAGAAAGAACUUCGUAUAGGGAAUGUUGCCAGUGGCAUACCUGGACCUACAAAAUACUUCAUCAAUGGCGCCAUGUUGAUAAAACCAAACAUUCAAGCUGGGAUGCAUAUUAUUCAUGUCAUUAAUCAAGUCCUGGACACGCCUUUGGAAGAUAAUGCCAUAGCCUAUGUGACAGGAUACAACCCUUCUAAAUUACAGUUUAUGUUUUAUACUAAAAUCAUGGAAAUUCUUCAGAGAUCAGCUCAAGAAGAUGGAGAGUACAAUUAUAACAGACAGGUUGUGGAGGUUCUGAAUAGUCCACAAGUGACUUUCUUCAUUCCAUCUGAUGAAGCACUCAACAUGAUCCCAGUGCAAAAACUGAGCGAACUACAAGGAAACUUGAAGUUAAUGCUGGAUAUUGUCACACUUCACAUCAUCCCAAACCAAGUCUUGUACACAUCCUUAGUCAAUCACAAUGAACGUUUCAAUACCCAGUUCAAUUCUGGGGCUGUGGUCUUCAGGAAAAACUUUAAUAGAGAAGCAGUAUAUGUGACUGGUCAGCUUAAGGGAGGUCGUACUGUAACUGCUAAACUGAAUCCUGCCAACAUAACAGUGAUGAAUGGUGUAGUCCAUCAGAUUGAUAACAUUUUGGGAUUUGUUUACAAGACAGCUAUAGAGGAGAUCUCCAUUGAUCCUCUUACACAAAAUUUUGAGCAGCUGAUUUAUGCUGCCAGAAAAGAUCUACAGAACUACUUGACAGCUACAAACGGUGUUACAGUGUUUGCUCCAACCAAUGCAGCCAUGUUUGCUGUAGCCAAUGUCUACCAAAAUUACAUAAACAAUCAAUCACUUAUUAAUAUGGUUUUAGAAAUGAGUCUUCUCCAACAAGGUCAAUAUUUCAACCUAAUGGAUUACAAUGGAGGCUAUGAGUCUUACAAAACAGCUGUGUCUAGAUACAAUGGUCGGCUUAUCAAAGUCUACAGUGAAGGAAAUGACACCUGGGUUGAAGGAGGCUAUGUGAAGGCUCGUGUCCUCAAACCAGAUAUUGGAGUGACCAAUGGAGUUGUACAUCAGAUUGAUGCUGUCUUUGGUAUCCCAGUUCGUGACAUUCCAUACACAAUUUUUUGUGAAGACUGGCUUGUGCCUACAUAUAUUCAACUUCAGUAUCUUGGACUAGACAAGUACAUGAGAGACCCAACUCUAACAAAAAAUUUAGAAUGCGUUUUUAGUGCCAGUGCUGCAGCUGGGAGCAAGCCACCUUCCAGUGGCACUUGGAUCACUAAUCCCAAUAGCAAUACAAAUAACAAUAACUAUGUUGUACCUUGUGGUGAAGGUUUACUCAGAUGUGAGUUCACAUAUUUUGUGCCCAAUGGAACAGCUAUUGAAAACUUUGCACUGACUCCUUAUGGAAGACAAGUGAUGAAUGAUCCUCAACGUUGGAGAUGGCUAAUGAGAAGAUUGAUGACUUACAGAGAGAAGAUUUACAUUGACCAACUUGCAGUGGGAGCUCCAAGAAGUUUUUAUGCCGAUAAUGGAGAAGAACUAAUUGUUCAACUUGACUCUCGAAGUAAUAUUCCCAGUGGACAGAGAACUGCCUAUAUCAUGUUUCAAGGUAUCAGGGCUCAGGUAGUUCACUCUGACAUUGGUGCCACUAAUGGAGUCAUCCACAUCAUCAGUUCACUGCUGUUUGUACCAGAGGACUUGGCCCGAGAUGUAAGUGGGGCUUCAACAGUUUGUGUCUCAUUUGUAGAUGUUUUAAUCCUGACAUUAAUGGGUCUAAUUUAUUCUGUUACAUUGUUAUAGUAAUUUAUUAAUGAAUAAUACUUCUGAUCUGUAGCAAAUACAUUGCUAUUGUCUACCACCUCAAAGUCUUUAUGUAAAUAAUUAUUUUUUUUGUAAAAUUAUUUUUUGCUUAAUAUUCUUUCUAUCUGUAAAUGCUCAAAUGGAUUUUUUAUUUUUUUUUUUUUGUUUCUUUGUUGUCUGUCUGUCUGGUAAAAAAGUUGUUCUUUUUUAAAAUUUAAUUUGAUGGUUAGUGAAGAGCUCAAAUUCUAAAGAGCAGUAGUUCUCCCAUUUUAAAACUUAAGGGACCACUCAAAUAAUUUGUGUCCAGACUGUUGACCACUAUUUAAAUUUAUUUUUUAGCUCAGUUUCACUUAUUGGGGGCAGCUUAAGAAAUGCUGUUAAGGUCUGUUUCAUGUCACUAAUAAAUUUCCAAUUAGCUUCGUCACAAGGCCAAUGCAUUAAUCUGCUUACUAAAGAUGUGAGUUCUUACAUAGCAAAGAUCUGUAUAUAGUUUAGAAGAGAAGGUAUAAGUGACAGUUGAAGACAUUUUAGAUUCUCUUAGACUAACAUUUUUCAUUUGGUUUUUAAAACCUGUGACCAAUAAUAGUGUGCCAAGCUUUUAACUGAGCCCUUUCAUUUUAAUUAUACAGUGUCUCAUUGCUUUGUAUGUUUCUUGUGUGUGAUUUUGUAUAUAGUAAAGUUGUAAAGUUUCCCCAUUCAGACCUUGUGAUCUAUGGGUGAGAUGAUGUUAAGGUCACCUGUUUCUUUGGCCAAAGGUUAAAGAGAAGGGUGUCAUGUGGCCAGCACAAUGACCUACCGCCUUUACUGUACCCAACUAAAGUCAGGUACCCAUUAGAGUUGGGUGGACUUAGGGGUGCCCUAAAAAUCCUGAAAUUUAAAAUCCUAGUCUUCACUGAGAUUUGAAUCCAGGACCCCCAGAUUUGGAACCCUAGCGCUUAACCCCUUGACCACAGCGUUCUGUGCUUUUGUACAUACUUUCUUUGAGUGUUCUUUGGUUUUGUAAUUUGUUUUUUUUUUUUUGCUUAAAAAGAAAACCAAAUGAUGAUUUCCAAUGCCCAAUUGGAUCACAUUGAACUGAAGAUGUUUUAGUUACUCUCACACUGUAUCAAACUGACUUGCAGAAAUGUGUUUUUAUUAUGUUAACCCUCACAUUCCAGUUGUAUCAAACUGACUUGCAGAAAUGUGCUUUUAGUAUGUUAACCCUCACAUUCCAGUUGUAUCAAACUGACUUGCAGAAAUGUGUUUUUAUUAUGUUAACCUUCACAUUCCAGUUGUAUCAAACUGACUUGCAGAAAUUUGCUUUUAGUAUGUUAACCCUCACAUUCCAGUUGUAUCAAACUGACUUGCAGAAAUGUGUUUUUAUUAUGUUAACCCUCACAUUCCAGUUGUAUCAAACUGACUUGCAGAAAUGUGCUUUUAGUAUGUUAACCCUCACAUUCCAGUUGUAUCAAACUGACUUGCAGAAAUGUGUUUUUAUUAUGUUAACCCUCACAUUCCAGUUGUAUCAAACUGACUUGCAGAAAUGUGCUUUUAGUAUGUUAACCCUCACAUUCCAGUUGUAUCAAACUGACUUGCAGAAAUGUGCUUUUAUUAUGUUAACCCUCACAUUCCAGUUGUAUUCAAGGUUCAAUUGUUACCAUCUCUGACAAAAGAUGUUGCAUUGUGAAUUCUUAAGUGGUUUUUGAACUUGAUGUAUAUAAUGUAGUGUAGACAAGCGUUAUAUUUUAUGUAUUUGUUUUUAAAGAAAACCCUUUGUGUUAAAUUUCAAUUGGCUUUCAGGAAAGUAAUGUGCCACAUUAAAAGUGCUAAAUAUUUAUCUUGCAAUAUUUUACAAAUGCACUGUGUCCACGCUUGAUCAGGAAACACAUUUUCAGCUUUCCCUGCAAGGUUCUGGUUUUGCUAAUAAGACUACUACCAUGUUCUAUUUACUAAUUAGAACUUGGAGAUUGUAAGAUAAUAUAAUUUAUUAUACCAUGAACUAGAUAGAGAUACAGUUAAUAUAUUUAUUUUAAACUGGUAAGAUAAUAUAAUUUAUUAUACCAUGAACUAGAUAGAGAUACAGUUAAUAUAUUUAUUUUAAACUGAAAGAUACAAUAGUAUCUAUUUGAAUGAUUGUGCAUUGUCAAAUAGCUGAUAAUAACAAUGUUUAGUAUUAUCUAGUUUAAAUAAUCUUUCUUAAUUUGGUUUGUCUAUUGCAUUAAAAUGAGGCUACUUUAUAUGUCCUUAUGUAUUCUUUGCAGUCAUUAAGACUUAAUGUUGUGUUGUCUGUUCUUUUUAUUGGAAUGACUGUACUUUGUUAAAUAGUUAAUAAUAAUCAUUUUACUUUAAGAUACAAUUUCUAAUCAUCUUUAUUGUUUGCUAAAAACAUCUGACAACCUUUCACCUUUUCUGAAUAUAUUUUUUAAGCAUUGUGUUUCAAUUAGGACUUAAGUUGGUCCAAAAACAAAAUGUCACCAGUUUAAAAAAAAAUUGAAAAUCAAACUGGAUAGCAGUCUAGUUGUGUGAUAAGGGCUCUAGAUAGCAGUCUAGUUGUGUGGUAAGGGCUCUAGAUUGUCAAUUACAGGACAGAACCUAAAUAAUUUUAGCAUUUACCAGUCUGAUAAAACAAGUCAUCCAUAAAUAUUAAUUUGAAUGUGAACUAUUCUUUGUUAUUGACAUGAACUUUUUUUUUAUCUUUCAAGUGUUAAAAAAAACUAUUCCAUUAUUUCAUGUAUUUCUUGACAACACCUUUUUUGGUUUAUUCAUUGUAUUAAGUAACAGACUUGUUGAUAGACUGCUCCAGUGUCCUCAUUUAUGUACCACAUUCCAUGUAGCAACGAAAGUAAAUGUAGGCAUACAUUUGCAGCACAUAUUUCAAAGAUAUCAGAAGUGAAUUAGUUUUGCCUACAAACUAUAAAGUUAUAACAAGUCACAUUUGGAUACCUCACAUUUUGGUUGGGACUUACAAGGAAUGUACUUUCAAAAGAUGUUCUUAGAAUUAUUUGGGACUUAAAAGGAUUGUCCUUUGAACAAAUGUUCUUUCUUUGAACAAAUGUUCUUAGAUUACAGAAAUGUUUAAGUUGUGUAACCCUAACUGUAAAGUAAUAUAAAUUAUGAAAUUUGUUAUACUUUCUUGCACGACAAAUGAAUGAAUAUUUGUGUACAAACCUGCUGUGUAUAUAAUGUUGUUUUUUUUAUAAUUUGUACAUACAUUUGAUUUUAAUGUACAAUAAUUGAUCAGCUAAAUUUUACAUUUGUUUUUGCCAGUAGUGUACAUUACAUACAAAUUAAAAAAAUGAUUUGUUCUUCCUUAUUACGGAAUGAAUUUGUUUUUCAACCUUGUAAAUGCAAUGAAUUGCUUUGUACAGCUUUGAUUUCAAAGCAUAAUGAAUGAAGAAACUAAUGUUAAACUAGAACACCAUGAAUUAGAUCUUACCUGUUUUUGUUGUCUAAAUCUUUGAUACCAUUUGUCUCUUUUUACAAUAACUUGCAUCUUUAUAGAGGAACAGGGAUGGUACCUGGACACGGAUAUGAAAAAAAAACUCUAUCGAUUUUCCUAGAAAUUUUAUAGUUGAUGUAUAUCGCUGAGAAAAGAAUUACUAGCUCAUUGGACACACUGGGAAAACUCUAUUUUGACCAUUAUAAUUUUUCAAAGUAAAAAAAAAAAUAGCCAAAUUAAAAUUUCUUUUUUAAUUUUAAUUUGGCUAGAGAACUAGGUCUGAUGUAGAUCUGACGUUGGUUUUGAAAAGACUGUUGCGCUCUGGAAUUUCUGAAUGUAAGGCAUUAUUGGUUCAAGAGUUUAAUAAAUUAAAGAAUAAUGUUACGUAAAAAAUGUUCCAUUGUUUUUUAAUCUAACAUUCAUUAGUUAUUAAGAGAGAAAAAAUGACUAUAAGAUGUAUAAAGGAGGUAUUGUCUUAUGUAAAUAAAAAAAAGUAUUUUUAAUGUUUUUUUUGUUUAACAAUGUUAAUAUAAUGGCAGCUCAAAAAAACAAAACAAAAUGGAUUGAAGCAAAUGUUCAUUAAAGUUUGGCUCUUUAAUUUUUUAAAUUGGAUUCUGAUGCUUUGAGUCCCAGUAAAAUUGUUGGCUUAAAUGUAAAUGUCAUUAAUCUCUCCAAUAAUUAGCAAUAGAACAAUUAACUUGUAAUGCCAGUAUGGGUUCUUUACAGCUGUUUCAAAAAUUUUGUGAAUAUUAAUCUUAAUUUUUUUUCUAUGUGGUUAGUUAUUACUCUGAAACACAUUUCUGUCCAAGUUUAAUUAUCUUGGAAGAAAGUGACUUUUUAAAAUCACUUUUUAUUACCCAUAAUGGCAAGUUGUUCUAUGCAAACUGUUCUUUACUUUAUACUCACUAGUUACAAAUUUUCUGUAUUUUUAUGUAAACUUAUUCCAUACAUUAUUUUUACAUAUUCCCUUGUACAUUGAUAAAAUAAAAGAUGUUUUGAUAAGUAAAAA